AUGGAGAAUUAAUCUGCUUUUUAUAGUUGUUUUGAGAGAAUUGCUUUUGGAGAGAUCGAACUAGAUCUAACAUUAAUUUAAUAAAAUUAGUUUCUGAGAAGUGUGAAACAAUUUCACUUAAAGAAGUUCAUAAGGCUAUCAGUCUUAUCCUAAUGGUAUCAUAGAAAAUCUUUUGUUCGAAUUGUUGAAAUUUUUAUUAUCCUAGAUUCUAGUAAGGAGAAUAUAUUUAUCCAAAAAUUUAUGAAUUUAAACACCAUUCCCAUAAACCAUAAAUUUUAUUGCAUCCUACUCAUAUAUAAGGCCAGAAUAUUAAAAAAAUAUGAUAUCUGCGGUUUGAAAUUGUUUAUCAGUAAAAUAAGUAAAUAAAUCAAUAGAAUUUGUUAAUUAGAUUUAAUAUAAACAAACCUAAUUUAAGAUAUAUAAUUUAAAAUUAUUGUUAGUAUCAUCAGUAAUAGAAAUAAUUGGACUGGCAAUAUUUAAAAUUAAAUAGAUUUUAUCAUAAAUCUAUUGCAAAAGCAAAGAUUCUUUUAUAUUUUUCAAGAUGAUUUAGCAUAUAUAUUUUAAGUUAUGAAAUUAAAAUUCAUUUCGAAAGUAAAACAUAAAACCCACCAUGUAAUGUAAUUUUAAUACUUUUAGAGCACAGUCAGAUAAUAAUAAUAAGCCCUAUAAGAGUGA